UUAACAACGAAGAAAGCAUACAUCUGAAAAUAAUGGAAGAAGAAGAAGAAGAAAUGAUUGAAACGAAGAGAGAAUUUCCGAUUUUCAGAGACAUAAGGCGUUACACCUGUGCGUAUUGUGGCAUCGUUCGUUCCAAAAAGACUUUGAUUACCACUCACAUUCUUCAAUCUCACCACCAGGAUGAAAUCAAGGAAGAAGAAGGCGAUGAUGAAAAUGGCGGGAAGAAGAACGUUUGUGAGGAGUGUGGUGUUUCUUUCAAGAAACCUGCUCACUUGAAGCAGCAUAUGCAAAGUCACUCACUUGAGAGGCCUUUUAUAUGUCCAAUAGACGAUUGCGACUCCAGUUACCGUAGGAAAGAUCACUUAAACCGUCAUCUGCUUCAACAUGAGGGUAAACUAUUCGACUGCCCGAACGAAAACUGCGAGAAAAAGUUUUCGAUUCAAGGUAACAUGACGAGACAUGUUAGGGAAAUUCACGAUGACGUGGAAUCUACGAAUGCUGACGUGGAUGAUCGGAAGCAGCAUGCUUGUUCGGAGCCCGGGUGUGGAAAAGUGUUCAAGUACGUGUCAAAGUUACAAAAGCACGAAGAAUCUCACGUUAGGUUAGAAACCCGUGAGGCGUUUUGUGCGGAACCAGGUUGUAUGAAAUAUUUCUCGAAUGUGAAGUGUCUAAAAGCUCAUUUACAGUCUUGCCAUCAACAUGUUACUUGUGAGAUUUGCGGGAGCAAACAUUUGAAGAAAAAUAUAAAACGUCACCUUCGCACACACGAAAACAUCGCUUCGAAAGAUAAGAUCCAAUGCAGCUUUGAUGGAUGCAGCUUAACAUUCUCAAAGAGUUCAAAUCUUCAACAGCACGUAAAAGCCGCACAUUUUCAAGAAAAGCCAUACGUAUGCAGCAUUUCCGGAUGCGGGAUGAGGUUUUCGUUCAAGCAUGUGAGAGACAACCACGAGAAAUCCGGGCGCCAUGUUUACACACUCGGAGAUUUUGUGGAGGGUGAUGAUGAGUUUCGAUCGAGACCAAGGGGUGGUGUGAAAAGGAAAUUGCCUGUUAAAAUCGAUGCGCUUAUGAGGAAGAGGGUGUGUCCACCUAGCGAAUGUGAUGAACUACAUGGCUCUGAUUACAUUUCUUGGUUACUGUCAACAGAGGAUGAAGAUUGACUUAAUGUGAUGAACACGCACGAUUUUGAGUUGCUAAGUUUUGAGCCUAUGGGCUUUGAUUUCGUUAAGCGCUAGUUUUUGGUCUGGUCAGGUUAUAAUCCAGUAAAAACUGAAGCAAAAUAAGUCAUUUACUACAUCAAAAGUUGUUAAUUCACUCAA